CGGACUGAAGCGUGUGUUUGUAAUUUCGUCAGCUGUCAUUCGGUUUAGCCAAUAUUCAGCGUGCACACACAAUUUGCUGGCACCCGAAAAUACAGCGAAAACAAUGGAGCGUCGUUCAAGUCUUAUCAUGACCUCGCCGCGUCCGUCUACACAGCCAAUUGCUGAUUCAACAUGGAUUGAUUCGACAAAUCGACCAACACCACCGCACUUAAGAUGGAAUCUAAGUCCAAAGCAUCGGAGUAGCUCUAGCGGCUGUUUGAAUGUUAGCUCUUAUAGCGAUAUGCAACAAAACAAUUCUUUGCACCAGACAUCAAGAACUAGCGUAUCGAAAUUAACGCGCCAAAAGCUGAAUCUCAGUCAGUUGGACCCCGAAACCUUUGCUGAUGUACAUAGCAGUGGUUUGACAUCACGCAUUGUCAAGUAUCAACAGGAUCAACAGGCCCGUGCCAAUACUGGUGGACUGCAGCGUAGCAUUUCAUUCAAUAAUGUGUAUAAACCGGUGACGCAAGCACGUCGAACUACUCUUGCUCCACCACUCGGACGCAAAUCGCAUUUGCCUUCAAUUGCUAUGACACGGAUUGCGCCGCCCGAGCGCAGUUUUUACUGCGGAAACACGCUGCCUGGCUUGCUGCGCUCCAACUCAUUGGUGGGCGUAGAGCCCAGUAAUAGUGAGCAGCUUUUGCGUGAAAAUCGCCCCAUAAUGCAUCCACCCCCGCUGCAGCAUGAAAGUGAACCCACACGCAGUGUGCUGGAGGAAUUGAAAGAGAUUUCACGCAAACGCAUUAAUAGCAGCGACAUGCAGCAGCCCGAUAACAAAACGAAAAAGACAUGCAAUCGCUUCGCUGAUUUUGUGGAUCAUCCUGGGCCGUUACCACAGGUACAUCUGCCCAUACCCAUGAACAUGCCACCGCACGCUCAGCCUAGCUUUAAGCGCAAUAGAGAAUUGAGUGUGGCAGUGCCACUGGGAGUUUACCAUUCGCCUCUGCUGUUGCCACAGCUGCAGCAACUCUUCCAACAUCCGCCUACGCAUGCCAACAGCGUUUCCCCGCAGCAAUCGCCUGAGCAGCAAGCUAAGCGCCGGAAUUGCAACUAUAGCAAUGACAUAGCUAGCUCUCUAAGCUCCAGCAAGCCGCACAGCAACAAACGCAAACUCUACAAUAUGCGCCAGAAGUUAAGCCAGACAAACAUUUCAAUGCAGUCCACAAGUGCUGCCAACAGCAGCAGUUGCAGCAGCAGCUCCCCAGAUACUUCACCUAGUCAACAGGCAGCUAAAAUUCAACGCAAAUACACGACAAGCGACUAUGCAGCGGAGCAGCUUAGCAAGGCACAAAGCAUGCCCAUCACACCGUUGCCAGCUACACCAGCAGCGUCGGUACAAGCCACACUGUCAGCGCCGCUGGAGCAACAGACAGCAGCAGCAGCAGCGGCAGCAGCAAAGCCCAAACUCAUUUUGUUUAAUGCCAAGCAGCGACAACAAGCAGCAGGCACUGAGCGAACAUUGGACUUCGAUAGUCCCGACGUGGAUGCCGGCGAAUAUGCGGGUAUACAGUUUGUGCAGCCCAAGCAACAAAAUUCGCUGAGCGGUAAGAAUAUAAGCAUGGAGCGUACGCAAAAGAGUAAAUUGGCAUUGAUGCUGAGCAGCCUGCGCGGUGAGAUUUAUCAGGAUGAGCCAGAGCCAGAGCCAACGGCAACAACAACAACAGCUGCUGCUGCUGCUGAUCAGUUGGAUGCCUCGUUGCCGCCGGCCACAGCGUUGCCCACUCCAAUAAAACCAAUGCCAAUUGCAGCCACAACAACUGCAACCGUUACAGCAACGACAGCAAUCAAGCCUAUUAUAUUAAGUAAUGUCAAUGUUACUCCUAUGCCUGCAUUUAAUUUGCCAGCAAGCACAGCUGCAACAAGUUCUGUGGCUCCAACAACAAUUACAACAAGCAUAUCGAUGCCAUUGCUGUCAGUUACUAGCACAGGAGCAACAACAACAACUAACAUGGACGGCAAAGCGACUUUACCAGGCCUUAAACUACCUACAGCAACGGCAGCACCCUUGUUGACAUUCAACACUCCGGCAACGACUACAACGGCAGCACCCGUGUUAACAUUUAACUCUCCGGCAGCCACAACAGCGACAGCAAUCGUAUCCCCUACGCUGGCAACAACAAAUGUUGCUGCAGCAGCCAGCGCGCCUGUGUUUGCUUUUGGCAACUUUGCAGCAGCAACAAAAAGCGCAACACCACCAACAUUUGGUUUGACGGCCGUCACAGCAAACACCACGACAGCAGCUGCAGCUACAGCUACAACAACAACAACAACAACUGCAUCAACAGCAGCAACUAGCAACACAGGCAUGUUUGCAUUUGGUGCUGCUCAAAGCGUAGCAACAACAACUGCAAGUGCGCCAAUGUUUGCGUUCGGCAAUGCAACAUCAACAGCAGCAGCAACUAUAACGCCUGCAGCAGUUACAACAACAACAGCGUCAGCUACGCCAGCAAUAUUCUCAUUCGGCAGUCCAGCUGCAACUGCAACGCCUACGACAACAGCAGCAGCAGCAACAUUUUCCAUCAACAGCCCAGCAGCAAGCAGCAACAACAGCAUGUUUGCUUUUGGCGCUAACAACAACAGCAACAACACUGCUAGCAGCAACAGCAAUCCAGGAGGUUUUGCAAGUGUAUUUAAGACACCAGCACCCGUAGGAGCAGCAGCACCAGCAGCAACUAACAGCGCAGCAGAAGCAAAUAAAUUAUUUGGCUUUGGCAACACUACAAAGUUUACACCAGUCACAACAUCAGCAAUACCCUCACCUUUUGCAACAGCUCCAAAACCUGCUGCAACAGCAACGGUUGCGCCUAUAUUUGGGACUGCUGCCUCACCAAUGUUCGGCACAGCAGCGACAACGCCAGCAUCAACAGCAGCAACAAAUUUGUUUUCAUUUGGCGGUAGCACUGAGGCAAAUAAGUCUGCAACUGCUGCACCAACAACAAAUAGUGGAACUAAUUUGUUUAGCUUUGGCGGCGCAGCUAAGGAUGCAACAGCUGCCAGCAACACCAACAGUUUUGGCUUCAAUGCGCAGCCCGCUGCUGCAACAGCUGCCAACAGCAAUGCUUUUGGUUUCAAUGCCCAGCAGACACCACAGUUUGGCAGCAGCAGUGCCAAUAACAACAACACAGCCGCAGCAGCAGCAAAGCCGUUUGCAUUUGGCGCAACAACACAGCAGCAAUCAGCAGCGCCAGCAGCAGCAGCAAAUGGUGGCUUUUCCUUUAGCUCUGCAGCUCAGAAAAGCGGCUCAACAAAUUUGUUUGGAGCCCCAGCAGCUAAUCCCACAACGGGCAUUGUAAAGCCUAGCUUUGGCUUUGGUGCCAGCUCUACACCAGCAGCAGCAGCAGCAGCAACAACAGCAGCAGCACCAACAGCCGCUGCACCAACAUUCGGCGGCUUUGGAGCAGCAGCGCCAACUAGCAGCAAUCAAAACAAACCAUUUGCAUUUGGUGCUGCAACUAAUAAUUCCACAGCGUCGCCCAUUGGUGGCAAUCUAUUUGCCAGCGCUGUUUCUGCUGCACAGAACCAAGCGAAACCAGCUAGCUUCGCAUUUUCCCAGGCCGGCAGCAAUUCCGCUGCAACUAAUCCAAAUGCCAAUGCACCCUUUGCCUUUGGCGCAGCUCAACCCCAGAGCGGUGGCAUGCCCAAGCCGUUUGCAUUUGGUGCUGCUGCCAACAGCACGCCAGCUCAAAAUCUCUUUGGCAGUCCAGCAGCGGCUCCGGCACCAGCUGCAUCUACUGGUGCUUUUAAUUUCAGUGGCAUGCCAGGCACACCGCAGCAGCAGCAGCAGCAGCAGCAGCAGCCACAAAUUAAUGGUGGAAAUAUGUUUGCUCCACCCAGCACACCGGAAAAUCGCCCCAUUCGCCGGGCUACCAGACGAUUGCAAAAAUAGCGGGAGGCGAAGUAUCUGAAG